AUGAGGGAUUCUGUUACAAAAAAAGGAAAUAAUCCUAAAAAAAUACCUAUUUAUGAAGACUUACCAGUUCUUUUUAAAGGAGAUGCGCUUAAAAAGGUUCAAUUAUCUCAGAUUCAGAUUUUAGAUCCAACUGAAGAAAGAACUUUACUUUUUUCAAAAAAAAAUUCAAAUUCUGCUCGACCAGGGGAUAUUUUACAAGUUGAAACAUAUAAUACACUCCCAAAUAAAUCAAAUAUAUCAACAUUUUCAGGAUAUUUAAUUGCAGUUCAUAGAAAAGGUAUAGACACAAGUUUUCGUCUUCGAAACCAUAUUUUGAAAACAGGAGUGGAAAUCAAGUUUAAUCUUUAUAGUCCGGCAAUUAAAAGUAUAAAAAUAUUAUUGAAAAAAGCAAUUGGAAGGGUUCGUAGGGCAAAAUUGUAUUAUUUAAGGCAACUUAAACAUAAUCCUGGAUCUGUGGAAAAUUUAUUAAGACAAAAAGAAAAGCAGUGCAAAAUAGAUUGA